AUGGUUGGUGAUUUGGCGUUUUGGUUUGCUGAUGGUUGCUACUACAGGGAGGACUGGGCAAAAAAACUGGUUCACUGGAAAGGGGAAUUUGUGUCAACGUUGCAGCAUUAUUGGUUGGGUUCUAAGCUGCUUUGGGCUGACGUGAGGAUCAGUUCCAGGUUGUUGUUGAAGCUUGCAGGUGGGAAGAGUCUCUCCAGAAGGGAGAGGCAGCAACUGACACGGACUACUGCUGAUAUCUUUAGGCUAGUUCCUUUUGCAGUUUUCAUUAUUGUUCCUUUUAUGGAAUUCCUCCUGCCUGUGUUUCUAAAGUUAUUCCCUAACAUGUUACCCUCAACAUUUCAAGACAAGAUGAAAGAACAGGAAGCAUUGAAAAGGAGACUCAAGGCAAGAAUAGAGUAUGCAAGGUUCCUUCAGGAUACGGUCAAAGAAAUGGCAAAAGAAGUUCAGAACUCCCGUAGUGGAGAACUAAAGAAAACAGCUGAAGAUCUUGAUGAAUUUUUGAACAUGAUUAGAAGAGGUGCAACUGUCUCUAAUGAGGAAAUUUUGGGCUUUGCUAAGUUGUUUAACGAUGAACUUACUCUAGAUAAUAUAAGCAGGCCACGAUUAGUCAAUAUGUGCAAGUACAUGGGAAUAAGCCCUUUUGGCACUGAUGCAUACUUGCGCUAUAUGCUAAGAAAACAUUUACGAAGGAUUAAGGAAGAUGAUAAAUUGAUUCAAGCAGAAGGUGUGGAUUCUCUUUCAGAAGCUGAACUUCGGGAAGAUUGUAGAGAGCGAGGCAUGCUUGGGUUGUUUUCUGUUAAAGAAAUGCGCCAACAGCUUCGAGAUUGGCUCGACUUAUCUCUAAAUCACUCUGUGCCAUCAUCCCUUUUGAUACUUUCAAGGUCAUUUACUGUGUCUGGGAAAUUGAAACCAGAAGAAGCUGUACAGGCUACACUUUCUUCUCUUCCCGAUGAGGUUGUAGAUACUGUACAGGUUACAUCUUUACCCUCUGGGGAUUCUCUCUCAGAGAGGAGGAGGAAAUUGGAGUUCCUUGAAAUGCAAGAAGAACUUAUUAAGGAGGAAGAGGAGAAGAGAGAGGAAGAGGUGCAAGCAAGGAAGGAGAGUAGUUCUAGUGAAGAUGAUAAGGCCCUGAAAGAGAUGAAUAUUUCUACGGCAAAAGAGGCUCACCAACUUGCCAGAGACAGAGCAUUGGAAAACAAAGAGCAGCUGUGUGAAAUUAGUCGUGCAUUAGCAGUUUUAGCUUCUGCGUCGUCUGUAAGUACAGAGCGUGAAGAUUUUCUUAGGCUGGUUAAUAAAGAGAUAGAACUCUAUAAUAGCAUGGUAAAGAAAGAGGGUUCAGAUGGGGAAAAAGAUGCCUUUAAGGCAUAUAAAGCUGCGCGAGAGGGACAUGACCAUGUUACUGAGUCUGGUGAAGGGGAUAAGGUGUCAUCAGCACUCAUUGAGAGAGUUGAUGCUAUGCUUCAAAAUCUCGAGAAGGAAAUAGAUGAUGUGGAUGCCAAAAUUGGUGACCGUUGGAGGCUGCUGGACAGAGAUUAUGAUGGGAAGGUAACUGCUGAGGAGGUAGCCUCUGCUGCAAUUUACUUAAAGGAUACAUUGGGCAAGGAGGGUAUCCAAGAACUUGUCAGCAAUCUUUCCAAAGAUAGAGAUGGGAAAAUACUAGUUGAGGACAUUGUUAAGUUGGGCAGUUGGAGGGAAGAUGGUAAUGCACCUGAAGAUGGGACCAGGGAGAGCGUCUGA